ACAUUAAUUUAGAUUUUUUAUUUUUUUUAUUUUAGACGAUGAGACGAUGGUUCUAUAGACAUUUAAAAAUCAGUUAGAAAAAGUUGUUUAGGGAGGCAUUAGUUAAGUAGUGGAUUCUUUAGUGUUAGUAAGCUAACGCUAGACUAAUGUUUAAGCGGGCUUUAGGACCCGUCGAAUUUCGCGUCGUGGGGAGCUGCCCCGCAACGCUAUUGGCGGAGAGCUUGCCACGUGCAACAAUUCUUUACGUUUCUUGACUGUACCUGGGAGCUUUUUACGCAAAGGAGGCAGACCACCCGUAUAGAGGUUGAAGAGGCGAUUCCAUGUGGACUUGGCGUUUUGACAUACCGUCAUUUUUGGGGAAAUCUUGUCACGUUGCUACUCAAGCACAGAGAAACAAAGGUCUUCAUCCGAACCUUUUCGGAGGACAAACGUCAGCGCCCCCCCCUGACUCGUUAAUCCUCUGCCAUGGCGCUGAGCCCCACCUUUGAUAUUGACGCCCCGCGGUGGGACCAGACCACCUUCAUGGGGCGGCUCAAACACUUCUUCAACAUCACCGACUGGCGGACGGCGCUCCUGCCCGACUCGCGCCUGGAUGAGGCCAAAGCUUUGGUGGAGAGCUGCAGAGCGGGCUCAGUCCCACCGGGCACUACCGAGGAGCAACUCUACUAUGCCAAGAAACUGUACGCCUCCGCCUUCCAUCCCGACACGGGCGACCGCAUGAACAUCAUCGGCCGCAUGUCCUUCCAGGUCCCUGGCGGCAUGGCCAUCACCGGCUGCAUGCUGCAGUUCUACAGGACAGUGCCUGCGGUAGUGUUCUGGCAGUGGGUCAAUCAGUCCUUCAACGCGCUGGUCAACUACACUAACCGCAACGCCGCCUCACCAAUCACCCCCAAGCAGAUCGGCGUCGCCUACGUGACGGCCACCAGCACGGCCUUAGCUACAGCGGUGGGACUCAACCUCUACACGAAGAAAGCACCCCCACUGGUAGCACGAUGGGUCCCUUUCGCGGCUGUGGCGGCGGCCAACUGUGUCAACAUUCCCAUGAUGAGGCAACAGGAAAUCUUGAAUGGCAUUGCUGUCACCGAUGAAAACGGCAACAAGCUGGGCCACUCACAGAAAGCGGCGGUGAAAGGCAUCACGCAGGUGAUCAUCUCCAGGAUCACCAUGGCUGCACCGGGAAUGAUCAUCCUCCCCAUCAUUAUGCAGCGGCUGGAAAAAUACAAAUUCAUGCAGAGAAUCACGUACCUCCACGGCCCCAUUCAAGUAAUGAUGGUGGGCGUCUUUUUGACCUUCAUGGUACCGGCAGCAUGCUCCCUGUUCCCACAGCGAUGCUCCAUUGCCGUAUUAAAGCUGGAGCCCGAACUCCGCGACUCUAUCACAUCGAAGUACGGCGAUGCUGUGCAGCGCGUCUACUUCAACAAAGGCCUCUGAGAACUCCACCCACAGGACUCAGUGCAUACUCUCAUACUCCUUUUUUUCCCUCAUAUGAUUACUCCCGUUUCUAAAGAGGUGCUUAUUAUGUAGAACUUUACUGGCUACGUCGGGAUGUUCUGAUGAAUGCUUUUUAAUUCUGCUGUGAUGAUUUCUCUCUCAUUACAAAUCUCUUCUCAGGUACUUUCUUUUUAUGACUCUCCUAGCUAGGAGCUGAACAAAACAGGUUCUGGUACUUUUUGGGUUUUUUUUUUGUUAAACAUCUACGUGCCUUGGACAACAUCUCUACAGCAGCAAGGCUCCCUGGAUGUUUUCAAAACACAAACAAACUUCUAUGCACGGUUAAAGCUGGACUAAUGUCACUGCUCGUUUAAAAAAUAUGGGAGUGGUGUGAUAAAGGUGUGCAAAAUGGAGGACACAACUGACGCAUGAUUCAACUGAAACUGUAAUAAAGAUGAUACAAUCCUGAGUAUA